CCUCUCUCGAUACUUGAGAGCGUACGAUCAGGGCGACCGGAGGCUCAAAGGGAGCCGCGGCGGCGAGUACCACGAUUAGGGCUUCCGACAUGGAGAAGCUGAGCCUGGAGCAGCUCAGAUCCUUCAAGGAGCAGUCCGAUCUCGAGGUCAAUCUCCUCCAGGACAGCCUCACCAAGAUCCGCACUGCCGCCGCUCGCCUCGAGAAUGCCGCCGCGGCCCUCCACGACCUCUCCCUUCGACCUCGAGGGAAGAAGUUGCUGGUCCCGCUCACGGCGUCUCUUUAUGUUCCUGGUAAGCUCGAUGAUGCUGAGAAGGUUCUUGUCGACGUCGGGACUGGAUACUUCAUCGAGAAAACCAUGGUUGAGGGCAAAGACUAUUGUGAACGAAAACUUUCCUUACUAAAAUCAAACCAUGAUGAACUCACGGAGAUGACUACCAAGAAGAAACACAUGGCAGAUGAAGCUGGUCUAUUGUUACAAGCAAAACUCAGGCAGGCAUCCACAAGUACAUAAGUUCAGAUUGUUUCAACACUUUUUGUCACCAGGACUUUUAAGAACUGCACCUUCAUUUUGCAAUGUAUUUUGCUCAAGAUAGGCAAAUACAUAGGUUGUUCUUUCCGGUAGUUAUUUGAUCAGCAAAACUGACUUUUCUACUCUCUGGUGUUGUGUUGUGUUUACUUUUUACGACAAGUUUCUUAUCUACAUGUUCUCCUUAUUUAUUUA